UGCUGGGACGUCCGGCUCCGAAGGGGUCGCAACUCGCAGAGCAGACCAUCAACAGGUGUCUGCGAGACCGGAGACCAUAGCAGACCGGACCAGAGCUAAACGGAUCAGAUCAGGCCAGACCCGACCAGACCAGAGCAGACCAGAUCAGCAGCAGGAGUCUCGGAGACUGGUCUGUGCGAGACAGUGAUGCCGACCGGCGCCGUGCUCCUCCUGGCGGUCGAGCUGACAGUACUGAGCUGUGUGCUCUCUGCUCACCUUCCCCACCGAACUCAAAGCCUCGAGCUGGAGAAGAUCGGUCAGCUGGAGGCCUUCGAGUACGACGAGCCCAGCUGCAGACUAGUCGGUCACACGCAGCGGGUGGUGGUGCCCGGUUGUCUCCCGUUGGCUCUGACGGUGAAUGCCUGCCAGGGCGCCUGCGAAUCCUACGCGCUGCCGUCCAGCUGGGCGACCAUGAAGCUGAACCCGCGUCACCUACUGACCUCAGUGUCGCAGUGCUGCAACAUCAUGGAGACGAAAAACGUACAGGUUGAACUACAAUGUGCCAACGGACCCAAGUACAUAGACAUCAAAUCAGCCAGAGCAUGUGCAUGUUUCCACUGCAAGAAAGCGUAACGACCCUCAUGACUGGCAGCUAUGUUGUUGCUGCCGCGGUGUUGACUGGUUUCAUUUCCACUGUACCAUACCCUCGCAUUUCGUAAAUACAUUAUAUAUCUCAUACCA